AUGGCGAACCGACGCCUCCUGAUGGCUGUACUGCUGCAGUCACUUUUCGGGUGCCAGGCUGCUCCGCGCUUUUCCAACGGCUUCCUUUACCACGAUAUCUUCAACAACAACGGCAACGGAGAAAUUUCCUUCAGUGGUGUGCAGCUUCACGUGGAGUCCGAGCAGACGUCUGUGUUCACAUCUCGCGGAGCCAACGCCACCCUGCCCUGCCACUACUGGUACCAGCCGGAGCUCAGUACCCCCCGCAGGACACGCGUGAAGUGGUCCUGGCAGCCGGCCAGCGGGGGUCAGGAGAUGGACGUGCUGGUUGCCAUAGGUGACCGCCAGCGUACCUUCGGCGGGUUCCGAGAGCGAGUCCACCUGCGUCAGAUGAACGCGGGAGAUGUGUCACUCGUGAUAUUGGGCCUGCACCUCAAUGACACCGGUCGCUUCCGGUGCGAAGUCAUCGACGGGCUGGAGGACGAGACGGUGACCAUUGACCUUGGCCUGCGAGGUGUUGUGUUUCCCUACCAGCCUCACCACGGCCGUUACCAGCUGUCCUUCUCCAUGGCACAGGAAGCAUGUGAGGAGCAGGAGGCCGUUCUGGCGACCUUCGACCAGCUCUACACCGCCUGGGAGGAGGGUCUGGACUGGUGCAACGCUGGCUGGCUGGCUGACGGCACAGUGCAGUACCCCAUCACAUUGCCCAGAGUGCCUUGCGGCGGACUGGGCUUGGCGCCGGGGCUGCGCAGCUACGGGGCCAGACACAGACACCUUCACCGCUACGAUGUUUUCUGCUUCUCCUCUUCUCUCAAAGGGAAGGUUUACUAUCUGCCGCAUCCUCAAAGGCUCAACUUCACUGAGGCCAUCGAGGCGUGUAAGGAUGAUGGCGCCCGCAUAGCCAAGGUAGGCCAGCUGUACGCUGCCUGGAAGUUCACUGGAAUGGACCGCUGUGAUUCCGGCUGGUUGGCUGAUGGGAGUGUGCGGUAUCCAAUCACAUACCCUCGUCUGAAUUGUGGUCCCAUGGUUCCAGGGGUGCGCAGUUUUGGGUUUCCGGCUCCCCGACAUAAGCACGGGGUGUACUGCUAUAGAGCUCCCGCCUGUUUGUGAGGCCAUGGGGAAAGGAGAUGGCUGAAAUGUUAAAGGUGCAAUAUGCAGUUCCUGCCAAAAUUGUUGCCAACACCUGUGUGAUUGAAGGCCUCAGUAUUCUUAUACAUUCUGUUCUUCUAUUCAUGGGUUUCAUCUGGUCCCUUUCCACAGGUGUAUACAAUCAAG